GUCACCGUUUCUGAAGUGGAGAUUUUACUGACUCUUGCGUGAAGGUGUGGGUAAGGAGGCAACUGCACUGGGUUCCAAAGGCAGAGGUCCCUAACAGGAGUUUAAAUAAAAAAAUGCACAAAUGGUUCAAGAAAUAUUGUCUAAUGGCAGUUUGAAGAUUGAUAAGGGCCACCCAUUGCUUGAUGAAAUAAAUGGAAUUCUAAGACAACUUUCAGCAGUUCCUCCUGUCCAUUGCUUCUGUGUUUGUCAGCCUACAUAGGAAAUGUAUCAGAUAUCAACUCUCCUCCAGCUCAGACUCCAUUUCCCACGAUGCCUCGCUCCCUUCAUUAUCCUCCUUCUACAAAGAAAUGCACGCAGGGCAUUGUGGGACGUGGAGUCUUGACAUUGAUACAAUGUUGCGCUCUUAGAGCAGAGAAGGAGGGAAUUUUAAGAAGCACACAAACAUGUUUCCAUUACACCGCCAGAGUUAUUCGGGGUAACUAAGUAUCAAUCUACAUAAAACCAGGUUAAAAUGUGCCUGCAUUUCCAAAUACAAUAAGGAAAAGUAACCCUGCCCUGUUGCAGGCCGGUAUUUUACCCCCGCAGUGAAAGAAAGAUGCCCACAUAUUGGCCGGCUCUUAUUACUCGCGCCAUCACUGUACUACAGACCCACCAGUUCUUCCGAUGGGAAGCAGCUCAUAUGCUACAACUGCUGAAUUAAAGCAGGGAGUGUGGGGGAUUCCCGCCACCUGUCUAAUGCUCACACAAAGCAAUAACACUUGUUGUGGGAGACUCCUUUUUAAGCCCUUGACGUCAUCAUUUAAAAUAACAUCAAUAAAGCGAAGCUUUUGCUACGGUCCCUAAAAUCUCCCAACGGUUGUUUGUAAGAGUCUCCUCCGCCUGUCUUGGAGGCUGUCUCUUUGCACACCACCCCUAAUCCUUGCACACAAGCAAGGCUCCUCUUUUCUAUUGUUCCCAAUCGCGCGCGCGAUGCGGACCUCGAGAAGGCAGCUCACGCGGAUAACGUCUGCCUCCCCCCCUUUUGCGCGUGCACAUUUGGCUGGAGGGGGUGCGCGCUACAGCGAGAGCCGAGGUGCAGGCCCUGUGUGUAGUACCUGCGGCCGACUCUAAGGGGGCGCUGUUCUGCGCUUUCUGCCCCCCUCACCAGCAGCAGCGGCAGGAGCAGCAGUGGCCGCCGCGGCCUGAGAUCUUUUUGUCUGUGAGGCAGAGCGAAGAGCGCUGAAUUCCGCGGGCGCCGCUGUGCUGGGCAGCCGGUGCGCGAACUACAAGAAAGAGGAGCCCCAGAAGGGGAAGAGCCGAGGAGGCCGCAGCCGCCAUUUCACAUCAAGUCACGCACAGACCGGGGCCGGCGGUACUCACACAAAGGGAGAGAGGGAGCCCGUAGCGGCCCGGCACAGAGAUGUCCCGUAUGAGACAGAGAGCAGCCGGCCGCUCGUGCUGAACACUGGGAUCCAGACAGCCAAGAGCUGCGGGCGCCUCUUCCAGCCGCUACAGCACAGCCGCCGCUCGGGCCGACAUUGUGUUCGGCGCCGUCACUACUUGUCGACGUUAUUUGUUUUUCUUUCUUUCUUCCCGCGGCCUGAACUUUUCCCUCUCUUUCUCGUGCCGCCUGCCCCAUCCCCCGACCCCCUGUGCGCUUUCCCUCCUGUGCGCUUCAUGAGCGGCCCAGGCACCCUGCUCUCCUGAGAGAGAGCCGAGGGGGAGGCCGCCACCCUGCCAAACGGACUGCUGCCUGCUCCUCUGGACGAAACUAACCGGUUAUCUGAGGACACGGCUCGGCCCUCCUCCUCCGACGCCGGAAAUAACAAUGUCCAACUCGACGGGAAAACCGGAGCCCGAUCACCGGAGGAAGGGGCAGGCUUUCCUGGAUGAGCUGCGGCAGUUCCACGAGAGCAGAGGGUCUGGCUUCAAGAAGAUUCCAGCUGUUGGUGGCAGAGAACUGGACCUUCAUGCUCUUUACACCAGAGUCACUACUUUGGGAGGGUUUGCCAAGGUGUCUGAAAAGAAUCAUUGGGGAGAAAUAGGAGAGGAGUUUAGUUUUCCAAGAAGUUGCGCCAAUGCUGCGUUUGCUUUGAAACAGUAUUACCUGCGUUAUUUGGAGAAAUAUGAAAAGGUGCAUCAUUUUGGAGAAGAUGAUGAUGAAGUUCAGCCUGGGAAUCCAAAACCACAACGCCCAAUUGGUGCAAUACCGUGUUCAUACAAUUACCAGCAGCAUAGUAUACCAGAUUAUUUACGGCAGAGUUAUGGGCUUACCAUGGACUUCGAUGCACCAAAUGAUUACAAUAAAUUGGUGCUCUCGCUUUUAUCUGGACUCCCAAAUGAAGUGGAUUUUGCAAUCAACGUGUGUACGCUUCUGUCCAAUGAAAGCAAGCAUGUAAUGCAGCUCGAGAAGGAUCCUAAAAUUAUCACCUUAUUGCUUGCUAAUGCUGGGGUGUUCGAUGACACCCUAGGAUCUUUUUCAGCGGUGUUUGGCAAUGAAUGGAAGGAGAAAACAGACAGAGAUUUUGUACAGUUUUGGAAGGAUAUUGUAGAAGAUAAUGAAGUACGUGACCUCAUAUAUGAUAAAAGUACAUCUCAAGCAGAAGGUUCCUCGCCAGAAUCCUUGUGGGGAUCUUUGUUUCACCCUCCUAGAAAAUUGGGCAUUAAUGACAUUGAAGGGCAGCGAGUUCUCCAGAUAGCUGUUAUUUUACGAAAUCUUUCCUUUGAGGAAAGUAAUGUUAAACUUUUGGCAGCUAACCGUACGUGUCUGCGUUUCCUGUUACUGUCUGCUCACAGUCACUUUAUUUCACUAAGACAACUGGGGCUGGACACACUGGGAAAUAUUGCAGCAGAGCUUCAGUUAGACCCUGUUGACUUCAAAACCACUCACUUAAUGUUCCAUACUAUUACAAAGUGUCUAAUGUCAAGAGAUAGAUUCUUAAAAAUGAGGGGAAUGGAAAUCUUAGGCAAUCUUUGUAAGGCUGAAGAUAACGCAGUCCUUAUUUGCGAGUAUGUGGAUCAAGAUAGUUACAAGGAAAUAAUCUGUCAUCUUACUUUACCGGAUGUGCUGCUUGCAAUAUCUACCCUAGAAGUACUGUAUAUGCUCACAGAACUGGGAGAAGUGGCCUGUGUGAAGAUUGCAAAUGUUGAAAGGAGUAUAGAUACUUUGGUGUGUCUGAUUUCUAUGGACAUACAGAUGUUUGGGCCCAAUGCACUUACAGCAGUUAAGCUUAUUGAGCAUCAGAGUUCCAACAACCAAGUUGUUUCUGAAAUCCGCCCUCAAACAGUUGAGAAUGUUCCUUCUCCAGUAAAUGCAGGCUCUGUCCCAGCUACCCGUCCAGUUCCAGCGCAUGCAGCACCCCCUCCUGGAAUUGUAGAAAUAGACGGUGAGAAAUUUGGUUGUCAAUGGUUAAAUGCACAUUUUGAAGUUAGUGCUGACAGCUCAGUUUCACGAUCAGAAAUGUACUCUGAAUACCUCUCAACCUGCAGUAAAUUAGCUCGUGGUGGUAUCUUAACAUCAUCUGGUUUUUACAAAUGUCUUAGGUCUGUAUUUACACACCAUAACAUUAAAAGAGUGGAGGACCCAAACAACAAUGGGCAAGCUCACAUUCAUGUUGCUGGAGUAAGAAGAAGGGCCAUACCACUUCCUGUUCAAAUGUAUUACCAACAGCACCAGCCAGCAUCUGUUGUCAGGGUUGAUGUGGUUUCGGAUGUUGCUGGAACAAAUCCAUCAGGAAUGCAGCAGGGAGUAGCAAACCAUUUUCAGAGAGGACAAGCAACCAAUCAAUCUCCCACUUUAUCUCUUCCGAUACAAGGUGUCCAUACAGUGACACAAAAUCCUUUAAGUCAAGCCCAGCAUCAACAGAAUACAACAUUGACUGUAAUACAGAAUAAAACUCCAAUUUCUUGUGAAGUUAAGGCCACGGUAAUACAAGGGUCUGUCUCACAUUCAUCAGUCCCUGUUAGCAUUGCUUUGGGAGGUUCUACACAAGCUUCUCUUGUUCAGAACCACAGUGGCUUAGGGCAGCAAUCCUCUGUUACUGUAGUAGGAUCUCAGGCAUUGUUUCACCAUCCAUCUGUUCUUCAGCCACAAACUGCAUUACAUACUGUAGUACCUGGUCAGAUUACAUCAGGAACUCCUGUUGCAGUUAUUCAGCAAACUGUUCCACAAGGUCACAUUUUUGGGAGAGUGCAGAAUAUUCCACAAGGUUCAUCAGCUCUUUCUCAAGGUCAGCAAUUAGUUCCCACAUCAUCCCAAACUGUACAGGUCACAUCUCAGCAAAGUCCAGCUUCCAACCAGCAAAAAGAUACUGUCAUCAUAACACCCCAGCAAUAUGUAACAACUUCUUCAUCUAAUAUUGUAUCUGCAACCACAGUGCAGAAUUUCCAGGUUGCACCUGGGCAGGUUGUCACAAUAGCUGGUGUCCAAAAUCCACAAGCUUCUAGGAUUGGCUUCCAGAACAUCGCUCCAAAACCUCUCUGUUCCCAGCAAGUCUCAUCAACAGUAGUACCACAAACUCUCCAACAGCAGCAGCAACAGCAGCAAAGUGUAGUGAUUUUAAGUCAAUCAGCUCAACACGGUCAGGCUUAUGCACCAGCUAUUCACCAAAUUGUUCUUACUAAUCCAGCUGCAAUUCAGACCGGACAAACUGUUCAGCUGCCUGGGCAACCUAGUAUAUACCCAUCCUCCUCUUCACCCCUUCCAACUACCAAUAACCAGCUCCCACCUGUAAUGACCUCUCCUCCAACCACGCCAGUGUCACAAGGACCUCUGCCUACUGUUAGCCAGAUGCUUUCUGUUAAACGACAGCAGUUGUCACCAGCACCUCCCGUCACCACUCCACAGCAGCAGACACAAGUUCAACAGCAGGCACAAACGCAUACCCAACAACAGCCCCCGCAGCAGGUACAAGUACAGGUUCAACAACAACAACAACAGCAAAUAACUUCUGGGGUUGGACACUCUACACCAGGGGAAUCAAGCCUCAUAAAGCAACUGUUGCUUCCGAAAAGGGGACCUUCAACACCUGGUGGAAAACUUAUACUUCCUGCACCUCAGAUACCACCUCCAAAUAAUGCAAGAGCGUCCAGUCCACAGCUGGUAUAUCAAGUAGCCAAUAAUCAAGCACCUUCCUUUGGAGUCCAAGGGCAGCCAACACCUCAGCAAAUACUGGUUGGCCAACAAAAUGUGCAAUUGGUCCAAAGUGCAAUGCCGAAUCAGUCUGCGGUUCCGAUCUCCAACUUGCAGAUCUUGCCAGGGCAGUUGAUUUCAAAUUCCCCAGCAACAAUUUUCCAAGGAACUACUGGCAAUCAAGUUACUAUAACUGUAGUGCCAAAUACAAGUUUUGCUACAGCAACGGUAAGCCAGGCAAAUACACCUCAGAUUAUUGCACCAAUGAGUGGGACACAAACUGGUGUUGGGCUUCAGGUUCAAACAAUUCCUGCUACCCUCACACAACCAGCAGGCCAUUUACCAGGGUCUGCUGCUUCUCCCCCACUUAAAGGUGACAAGAUAAUUUGCCAAAAGGAGGAGGAAGCAAAAGAAGCAACAGGACUACAUGUCCAUGAACGUAAUAUUGAAGUUAUGGAAAAUCCUACUUGUCCAAAAGCUUCUGCAAACACCAGCAAUGGGGAAAUGAAUGAAAAUGAAGUUCAAAUAGGAAAUAUUAUGAAUGGAAAAAAGUAUGACUCAAGUCUACCUCCUUCAAACUCAGGGAAAACUCAAAAGGAGGCCAGUUCAAAUUUACUGGUCACAAAUGGGGCAUCUGUGGAAUUGGGGGAAAAUGGGUUUUCUUUAAAGCAGAACUCUGAACUGACUGAUAUGCAGGAGACAAAAAAUGAUUUAAAAAAACCACAGGUCAAUGGAAUUUGUGAUUUUGAUAAGGCAGAUAGUUCUCAUUUGAGCAAAAACAUUCCUAAUCACAAAGCUUCCAAUCACCUAGGAAAUGGUGACACAUCUCCGGCGGAGCAACAAGAACUUUUGGAUUCUUCUCAACAAGUAACUGCCAAAGGUGAUCAAGUAGAAAAACUUUCAAAUGGACCUGUAUUAACGAAUAGAGCCCAGGAUGCUUCAAAUUUAGCAAUCCAGAUACGCUGUAAUUCAACAGAUUUACCCAAUGGACCUAUAGUUUCCAGUUUGAAUUCAGAUGUGCCUCAGCAACGUCCAUCUGUAGUUGUUUCAACACAAUCUACAGCUUCUCUUUUACCAGGUCAUCAAGUUAUAGCAUUUCCCCAUUCAGGGCACAGAGUUUCUCAGCCUGUCCUUUCUGCUGACGUUCGGGCAACAAAUGGCACAACAGAUUGCAAGACUGUUAAAAGACCUGCAGAGGAUAACGAUAGGGAGUCUGUCCCAGUUAUUCCAAAUAAAGUGGGAGUGAGGAUUGUUACAAUCAGCGAUCCCAACAAUGCUGGCUGCAGCGCAACAAUGGUUGCUGUGCCUGCCGGAGUUGAUCCGAGCACUGUAGCUAAAGUAGCAAUAGAAAGUGCUGUCCACCAAAAACAACAGCAUCCACAUACUUUUGUACACACUAUGGUUGCACAGAGCACUCCCGUAACAACUCUGCCAGCACUGCAAGUACAAGGCCACCUUGUCAGUUCUCAGCUGUCUCCAUUUCCGGUGACCACAUCCAUUCACCACGUGGAGCAAGUAAAGAAACCGGGACAGAAUUUCUUGUGCUUGUGGCAAUCAUGCAAAAAAUGGUUUGAAACACCAUCGCAGGUUUUCUACCAUGCUGCAACAGAACAUGGAGGUAAAGAUGUAUAUCCUGGGCAGUGUAUGUGGGAAGGUUGUGAACCUUUUCAGCGGCAGAGGUUUUCGUUCAUCACCCACCUACAGGACAAGCACUGCUCAAGAGAUGCUCUGCUAGCUGGACUAAAGCAAGAGGAGCAAGGACAUCAAAAACCUUCCAAUAAACAACCUUCUGCAGGUUCUUCGUCAACCCCUAGAGCACAGAAGGCCAUUGUAAACCAUCCCAGUGCUGCCCUCAUGGCACUGAGACGGGGAUCAAGAAAUCUGGUCUUUAGAGACUUUACAGAUGAAAAAGAGGGACCAAUCACAAAACACAUCCGAUUAACAGCUGCCUUAAUAUUAAAAAAUAUUGCAAAACACUCAGAGCAUGGGCGCAGAUUGCUAAAAAGACAUGAGAAUCAAUUAUCAGUUCUAGCCAUUAGUAAUAUGGAAGCUUCCUCCACACUUGCCAAAUGCCUUUAUGAACUCAAUAGUACAAGUCCUAGUAUAGAUCAAGAAACAGACUAUGAAAUGCUUCAGUGAAAGGAGGGCCCUUCCUACUAGGACUGUGCUAGUCACAUAACAUUUCACAUACUGUUCUUACCAAGUCUUAAUGGAGCAGAGACGGCACCCUAAUCUCCUCCUCAUCACUCAACCAAUCCCUUUUGUUCUACACAAGAAGGAACAUAAACUGCGGGGGGAUGAGCAAGCAACAGUGUGCAGGGAUGUCUGUCAGUGGCUCAGUCGUGGAGGAGUCUGGAGUGUUCACAAUUCAGUAGCGUCCACAUUGGAAU